AUGGAUGGUCAGGAGGAGCCGAAGCCCAUUCCGGCUUAUUACUGCUGCUAUUUGCUCCGGUCGACUGUCCGGCACGCUUCGCUCUAUAUCGGCUCUACGCCAAACCCAAUCAGACGAUUGUCGCAGCACAAUGGAGGCGCCAAAGGUGGGGCCAAACGGACGUCGCGCGACAAUUUGCGGCCAUGGGAAAUGGUUCUCGUCGUUGAGGGCUUUACCAGUCGAGUCGGGGCCCUACAGUUCGAAUGGGCUUGGCAAAAUCCAGAUCAGUCACGACAUCUGGAUUGGAACGACGUAGAAGCGCACUCCGAUCCUCUCUCAAGUUCACGGACGGGGAAACCAAAGUCCCGCUCCAGGAGGUCGCUGAAGGCGCAUCUCGAGGAUGUGCAUUCGCUGCUGCGAUCAACUUAUUUCGUGAGCUGGCCUCUACGAAUACGUUUCUUUCGCGCCGAUGUCAAUCGCGUCUGGAGGGUCUGGAAUGACCGAGUCGACGUACCUCUCCCCGAGACCAAGAUCAUUUUAGAUGGAGAUUGCCCGAAACAGAGUGAUACAACUAUGGCAGUCGGAAGUAUCAACCAACUUCCACUCGACUAUGCAAAGCUAGAAGACUAUCUAGAGAAGUCCAUGUUUCUUUUAGAUGACCCUGAAGACCUACGGUGCCAAGUCUGCAAGGCUCCAGUCAUUCCAACAGCGGAGCAGAUCGUUGUAUGUCCUCAAUCGCGUUGUCAGGGCACCAACCAUCUAUUGUGUCUUUCGGCCAGAUUCCUCAAAGCAACCAACGACUUGAACUGUCUUGUCCCCGCGGGAGGAGUUUGUCCAACAUGCGAAAAGUACGUCUCAUGGCCACUAAUGAUGCAAGAACUUAGUGUCCGCAAUCGAGCACAAAAGGAAUGCCGGGCCAUCCUGCGCAAGAAGGAACGGCGUGAGCGCAAGGAAACAGGAGCUGUAUCUUCUGUCAAAACCAACAAUACGAGCAAUUCCAGCAAGAGAAAUGCGGUCUCUACCCGCCAGACUUCAGUUGAACCUACACAGGGCGGUCCAUCAGGACUUACCGAGCAUGCCAUGUCUCCUUUGGUCCGAGAAGACCCGUUAUUGGACGACAAUUGGCAUGAAGCCAUAGACCUGGAAUCGGACUCGGAACAUGGGGUCCAUCCGCCAAUUCGGUCCCCCUCGACGCCGCCCAGACUGGAGAUCGUAAUCGAGGACAGCGAAUGGGAUGAUGCAGAACUCAUUGAAUGA